AUUACUUCGUGAGGUAUUUUUUCCCGAGUCCUUGAACGCAGCAAAAUUGUAUACAUGUUUGUCCGAUGCUGACACAAAUACUAUUAUAUUUUCCCCCGUUUUUUCAGCUCAUUGUUGUUCCCAUAUGCUAAUAUCGUGUGUGAAUUCGGCGUCGUCAAAACAAACUCUUAACUCAAAUUUGUAAGUUGAUAUUAAGUCUGUAUUAUUUUUUUACUUUUACUAAUUUGACGAUUUUCCUUCGUUAGUCUGUUAAGCACGCGCUGGGCUUUUACUGUGAAGGACGGAAGUGUGUUGCCGGUAGUCGCCCUUCCUUCCUAUUAAACUUUAACAAGACCAUAUUCGUCAUUUUGAUGAAAACCUCGGUUACAUUAUGCUUGUUUUUGUUUUAUACACAAUAGGAAGCACAUAUAUACGGAAUUAUCCUCAAUGGCUUCCGUCAGGUCCAUUUUUUAGAAGUGUACUUCGCGGCAUAACAAUGUGUUAAAUUCAAAGAAUAUGGCCACACAUGUUAAAAAUUUCGUCGAAAACAUUCCAGGAAAAGUCUGGUUCAAACACUAUGAUACGAAUGAUGUCUUUAUUUAUUGUUUUGUGUUUUUAAUUUCAUAUGUAAGCUACUUCUAGUAGCCGCGCUUUUACUGUGAAGGUGUAACUCCCCGACUUUACCGUCUACCGGAUGUGCUCCGAUGUUUCCCGAGUGUUUCCGAGCGGCCCGAAAACACUGCCGCUCUUUAUCCGUGAAACUUAAAACACGACAAGCCAUUAAAUCGAACCGGCACCAGGAAAUAAUGACAAAAUACAGUAGUUCCCCGGUGUAAACGGCAGAGUUGACAGAUAUGUGUGCGUGGCUAUUAAGUCUCGCGUUACUUGCAUAGGACGUUGCCAUAGUUACGCGUAGUUUCCGCCUCCCCUGGCAACACUGUAAAGACAUAAACAUGGCGAGGAAGAAACAAGCUAAAGAGAAGUCAGAGAAAACUGCCCCAGAAGUUGAAGAGCCGGCUCCGGUCCAAACAGGAGCUCCUAGCAAUGAAACAUCGGCUACUCGGACGUUUGAUGACUAUGAAUGCUCUGGUAAUGUGAUGACCGAUUUUCCUGGGCUCUGUGCUCUUGUGGAGAUGAAAGAUGUUCCAACUUUGAAGACCAAGUCCGCCACCAACGCAGAAUUCAAAGAAGUCGUCACAGGUGGCAGGCAGGCCCACAAAAAGGCCGUAUCUGAUGCGUUGAAACCGGCCCUCCAAGUGGAGCUGGAGAAUGGAGACCCGUUCAGUCCAAAGAGCAUGAAGGUUUUUGGAUGGAAAGUAGAAGAACAGGUCAUCCGAGUGCUGAGCAAGAUGAUUUCCUCCAUUCAUACGCUGCACAGCCUUGAUUUUUGGCAGGCAGGAUUGACGGAUCCAAUGGUCGUCACGCUGUCAGAGGCUAUAUCUCUAAGCUUGAGUCUCAGGGUUGUAACUUUAGAAGGCAACCCUCUCUUAGAACACAGCCACCACCAUCUUUUAUCGGAAGGAAGCGUUCUCACACACUUGUACCUGCGCAACAACCAGAUCGGAGACGAGGGCGCACGCCUUCUUGGGUUGGCUCUCUCAACAAACAGAUAUGCAAACUGGAGCCUCGUUUCACUGAACCUGUCAUUCAACCACAUCGGGGAUGCCGGUGCUGUGUACAUUGCAAAGGGCCUGCGUUUCAAUCGUACUUUGCUGUUCCUCUCACUUUCCAACAAUCAGAUUGGCGACUCGGGGGCGACUGAACUGGCUAUGGUUCUUGGCGAGAUUGUGCUUACCCAUGAAGAAACUGUGGAAAGAAGGAAAAUGCUUCUGGAGAAAACGUAUUGUGUAAAGCUACGUUCACGCUUCAUGAACAAAAUUUUUCGACAAGCCAAGUUACAACCACAAUGGCUGACUGAGGAGGACAAAUUGGCAUCUAUGUCGUCUUCUCCAGCAGAUGUUGACCCAUCGUCUGUUGCCAAGCUGCCCGCUGACCAUCUCCCUUCUGCAGCUAGCGCCGCUUCACUUAGCUCCGGCAAAGGAGAGAGCAAAAGCACAGCUAAAAAACGGGAGUCAUCAAAACCGGAGGGGAAACGUGCGCCGGGAAAAGACCAAAAGUGUUCAAAAAAAGCAGACGGUCAAGACAAUGACGAACGAGGACAAGUAACUGAUCAAGAGCAGAAAAAACCAAUAGAGAUGCCGAAUCUGCUCGUGAGUGAUUCCCUGGAACACAGAAAUGGAGAUCUCAUUCUUCCCGGGAACACCAGCCUCGCCUCCCUCAACCUGGCAGGUAACAGGAUAACGGAGCUGUCUCUACCACAGUUCCUGUCAUCCUUGCAGAUGCAAGAUGGAGGUAAAGGUCUGCUGCGUCUUUGUCUCCAGGGCUCUGACUGGGUGUCACCUGGAGCCAAAAGCUCUGGAGUGACCCACACCAUGAAGACCCAAAAGACCAAGGGCGCUACGACGUCACCUUCCCGUCGACGGAAGCCUCGUUUUACCUUAUGUGGACGAAAGAAGAAGAACAGCGUGAUCCGAGGAAAGCUUCGCUUACGUUCCAUCGCUGGAGCAUUCCUGAUUUUGGGCGUCAUCGUCGUCCUGGUGGGCGUUGCGUUAGCCGUGGCCGGAUACCGAAUGUCACGUUUUUCCAUCCUGGGAUCCGCGGAAGGGAACAAUGUUUCCGAAACGUCGAGGAAUUGGAGUCUUGGAGCGAAGAGUUUCCUAUCGACGGUCAGCUUGAUCCACAGUGAACGGAUGAAGCUGCUGGGUCCGGUCAUCAUGGGGGUGGGGCUCUUUAUUCUUAUUUGCGCUAACACAGUCCUGUAUGAGAACCGGGACCGGGAGACUCAGAUGCUUCUGGCGCAGAUGCGAAGUGUCAUCUGCUCCGUGUCUGCCGCCGUUCCCUCGGCAGACCUUCAAGAAAUAGCGGCGGCUAACUCCAUGGCGAAACAUCAAUGGGUGAGCAGUUUACCCGCCGCCCAACUCAAUAGCUUCUGUCGACAGCAACUGGUGAGGUCGGAACCUUUGCUGCAGACCAGACCCGGUAGCACUAAGAAGGACACAGCGGAGGGAAUUUACCAGCAACCAGUCCUGCACACAGAAGCCGUCCAUCAUCAAGAGUCAGUACCUCCGCCUUCCACCGAUUCAUCGUCGUGUAACUCCACACAGUUCGAAACGGACCUCAGUAAAACCCAACCGGUUCCGUUUGCCAAGCUCAACAAUUGCCUGAUGUCCGCCAGCUCCAUGUCCACGCUCGGAUUGGACGAUGUGGAUACCCCGACCGCUCAGCCUCGACGUUGCCAGAGCAUGAGCUACAGGACUAAACCGUACACGACCGGAACCGUUUUGUCUAUGGAAAAAAACAUUAACAGAGAGCGCGGUCGUACUACUCAACCGGCGGUUAUGACACCAGACCCGCAUUCGAGGGUUUGCAUUAACAUCCCCGGACAGGUCAUGGAUGUCACCGAGGAGCAGACUCGCCAAAGCUGGCCUCGGUUAGACCUGGGCAUUGGGAGACGUUACCUGAAACUGGAGAACAAGGAAGACUCGGUGGAUAAACUUCUGGACCAGUUAGAGCAACAGUGUUCUCAGUGGGAUAGGAGUUUUGGAUCCGGACCGUUCCAGUGAUGGUUCCCAAUCCGAGUGAUAUAAUUUUCUUGCGGUUCUGAACUAUGACUGACACACGGACUUCGUGCUCUGUGAUGCAUUCGCGACUGUACGAGAACAAUACACUGACCCAAUACUGUCAUCGCUGAGCUAAGCAAUUCUCCGAAACGUUCAGGUUGGCAGAAGUAAUCAGUUUUUAUUAUUUUCCCAAGGCCCAGCAGGGGGGUCUGUUUUCACUGUGCAGUCCUGGUUUAACCAAACUACCUGGUCUCUGGACCCGUUAAGUGUUGACUGACUGAUAUAUAACGAGAAUCCCGCUCUCCAUAUCCGAUGCAUGUCAGUUAUGUACUGUAGAGUAUGCUGUAUAUUAAUAAUGUCUGUGUUGGGGGUUUUUAUGUGUACAAAUAUUGCAAUACCAUUUAAAGAAUGGAUCCCAGUUUAAUGCAUCUUUGGUCGUAUUAGUUUAUAAUAUUUGCAUAUUCUUCUAUUAUGAUAGUAUACGCAGAUGUUGCUUAAACGAUGUCAAUAACAUCAGGAUUUUAACCCAAUAUUACCGUAAAGUAUUCUGUGUUUAAUAUUACAAUAAUCCCUGGUUUAUUACUUCCAGACCCAAAAGUGAAGUUAUUAUUUAUUAGAGCCUUCUAGACUUGAAAUAACACCCCUAUAGUCAUCUUUACAGUGCGCAGACCUCACAGCUAGGAGACCUGAGUUCAAUUCUAUGUGUAUGUCUAUUAGUUUAUUUAGCCAUGUUUAUGCUUGCAAAAAACCCCGAAACUCAUCACACAGUAACUUAACACUCCAAAGGUGUACCUAACAAAUAUACAAAGAAGUACCAAUAUGAGUUUUGAAGUUUCCCAUUCUGCAUUGCGUCUGAGCAAAGCAGUUCAUUGGAGGACAUGCGGCAUAGAAAGUGGUUAGUGCGCAGGCCUCACAGCUCGGAGACCCGAGUUCAAUUCCACCCUCGGCCAUCUCUGUGUGGAGUUUGCAUGUUCUCCCCGUGCAUGCGUGGGUUUUCUCCGGGUACUCCGGUUUCCUCCGUGUUUAUUUAGCCAUGUUUAUGCUUGCAAAAAAACACUAAACUCAUCACACAGUAACUUAACACUCCAUAGGUGUACCUAAAAAUAUACAAAGAAGUACCAAUAUGAGUUUUGAAAUUUCCCAUUCUGCAUUGUGUCUGAGCAAAGCAGUUCAUUGGAGGACAUGCGGCAUAGAAAGUGGUUAGUGCGCAGGCCACACAGCUAGGAGACCCGAGUUCAAUUCCACUUUCGGCCAUCUUUGUGUGAAGUUUGCAUGUUCUCCCCGUGCAUGCGUGGGUUUUCUCCGGGUACUCCGGUUUCCUCCCACAUUCCAAAAACAUGCUAGGUUAAUUAGCGACUCCAAAUUGUCCAUAGGUAUGAACGUGAGUGUGAAUGGUUGUUUGUCUAUAUGACAAACCAAUCCAGGGUGUACCCCGCCUCUCGCACGUAGACAGCUGGGAUAGGCUCCAGCACCACCGCGACUCUCGUGAGGACAAUCGGUAGAAAAUGAAUGAAUAAAUGAGUGUAACCGUGACUAUAGGGGUGUUAUUUCAUGUCUAGAGUGCUCUAACUAUGUUAAAAACCGUAUUUAGAACUGCAGGAAUCCUACUUUGUGGAAAUAAGCGAGUGAUUACUGUACAUAAAAAUAUCAAAGUGCCGCCGCAUCCUUUGAUAUCCAGUAUGAGGUCCUCUGUGUGUGGAAGUUUGGACAUCCCGGUGUACACAAACGCAUCGUCGUGUCAACCGAUGCAAAGAUGAAAGAGACUAAAGCUGUAAUAAACUGGGAAUCUUUGUUUAACAGUAACGAGGAUCUUUGGUGGUUCAAGCUGACUUUUUUUUUUUUCCCCUCUGGUCUCAUGCCGAUUGUCUCCCAAGUAUUUAUGAGGCGAGUCCUCCCACACACACACACACACACACACAUAUACACACUUAUAUAUGCACACACACGUCCCCCCUUUGAUCCAGUUGACCAAUUUGAUUGUGCAGACAAGGCAAAAACCACAGCUCCAGCCAGAUUUAGUGAGGUCAUCGACGCUGCAGAGGGAUGGGGUAGUAUGAAUCACUGUCCACGUAACCCCCCCCCCCCACACUCCCGUAAAUCCAUGUGUGCAGAGGUGACCUCUCUCUGUGAAAUACUCCCCAUGUGUGACGCCUGUUUGUGUGUUCUACCUGUACCCCAAGCAAUACAGUAGCAGUGGCGUGACGGGACAAUCAAUGCCACUUCCUGUACGUUGUCGGCGACUACUCUGCAUUUAACGACCAUGUCCGCGUCCUGUGUUGAAAAUAUAAGAUUGAGCAAAACCUGUGAUGUCAUCUCAUUUAUUCAAACCGACAAUGUAACAACACCAUAUAUAUAUAAAUAUACUAUAUAUAUAUAUACUGUAUAUUUUAUAACAGUAUUAAAGGUUAAACGAUGUCAAUAACAUCAGGAUUUUAACCCAAUAUUACCUUAAAUUAUUCUGUGUUUAACAUUACAGUAAUCCCUGGUUUAUUACUUCCAGACCCAAAAGUAGUGAAGUUAUUAUGUAUUAGAGACUUCUAGACAUGAAAUAACACCCCUAUAGUCAUCUUCACAGCGCGCAGACCUCACAGCUCGGAGACCAGGGUUCAAUUCCACCCUCUUAACACUCCAAAGGUGUGUGGAGUUUGACCCGUGCAUGCGUGGGUUUUCUCCGGGUACUCCGGUUUCCUCCCACAUUCCAAAAACAUGUCUAUAUCUAUUAGUUUAUUUAGCCAUGUUUAUGCUUGCAAAAAAACCACUAAACUCAUCACACAGUAACUUAACACUCCAAAGGUGUACCUAAAAAUAUACAAAGAAGUACCAAUAUGAGUUUUGAAGUUUCCCAUUCUGCAUUGUGUCUGAGCAAAGCAGUUCAUUGGAGGACAUGCGGCAUAGAAAGUGGUUAGUACGCAGGCCACACAGCUAGGAGACCCAAGUUCAAUUCCACCCUCGGCCAUCUCUGUGUGGAGUUUGCAUGUUCUCCCCGUGCAUGCAUGGGUUUUUUCCAGGUACUACGGUUUCCUCCAUGUUUAUUUAGCCAUGUUUAUACUUGCAAAAAACACUAAACUCAUCACACAGUAACUUAACACUCCAAAAGUGUACCUAAAAAUAUACAAAGAAGUACCAAUAUGAGUUUUGAAGUUUCCCAUUCUGCAUUGUGUCUGAGCAAAGCAGUUCAUUGGAGGACAUGCGGCAUAGGAAGUGGUUAGUGCGCAGGCCACACAGCUAGGAGACCAGCCAAGGGCUUUUGUAGAACUUCCGGAGGUUUUCCACCAGCUGCUUAUAAUGAUUUGCAUAUUAGUGUCCAAGAAACUCUGAAGCAAAAAGUCAUCUUUACAGCGCGCAGACCUCACAGCUCGGAGACCAGUGUUCAAUCCCACCCUCCCACAGCACUCGAUUCAUCACACUGCAACUUAAUACUCAAAAGGUUUAUAAACAAUACUAACACUAAUUUAUACUGAUACUAAAAUACUAAUACACAGCUAGGAGACCAGGGUUCAAUUCCACCCUCGGCCAUCUCUAUGUGGUGUUUGCAUGUUCUCCCCGUGCAUGCGUGUUUUUUUUUUUUUUUUUCGGGUAAAACCUGCGAUGUCAUCUCAUUUAUUCAAAGCGACAAUGUAACGGCAACCUUGUUGUGUAUCGACAACCCCAUAUUUCUCACGUUUAAGCACCCUUGGCUUUUCCACCGUAUUAUUUCUCAGGCUGCAAACCUCAUUCCCAGUUCACUGAUCAGCACAAUAUUUUAAACAGUGUGACGGGUGGGUAAGGGGGCGGGGGGCGAGGGGGGGGGGGAUUCCCUGGCUGCAAUUAUCCUCAGCAGAGCUUCCAAAUUUUUUUUUUCUAUUUUUUUUCUCCUCUUAUUAGAUUUAAUGGUUCCUUCUGGGCAGGUAUGCAUUCCCCUGUGAUCACUUCUCAUUUAAUUGGUUGUUUAAAAAAUGGCCCCCGGCUUUCUAACAGCUCAUAAAGCCAGCAGGCGGGGCACCAGCUGCCCUCUGCAGCUCCGUCCUAAGCAAAUGAAAAUGACUAAAAC